UCCUUCAAUAUUCGUUGAGAAUUUCAAACCAAGGAGGAAAAGAAACGAAAAAUUCAAUCGAAAAUGGCGGGAUGGAUUGUCAUACCCUCCAAAAGGACCGAGGCGGUGGACUUCAAGAAGCCUUUAGAAAAGUUUAUCAAGAAUACGUUUUCCGAGGAAGUCUUGAGCGAGAAUUCGGACGCGAUUGCAGAGUUGAACAAGCUUCGAAAUACUGCUGUGAUGCAGGUAGCUGAUAAACAUGAAUCGGCUUUACAGCCUCUACUAAGGUACUAUGAUCAACUUGUAGCAAUGGAUGGGAAGUUACCCAUCAGUGAAUCUCAGAUCCGUGUAUCUUUUACCUGGUAUGAUGCAUUUGAUAAAGGCUCACUUUUUGGAAGCAAAAAAGCUUCCAUUUCCAGCAGUGCAUUUGAAAGACUUUGUCUUCUCUACAACAUUGGUUCUCUACAAAGUCAGAUAGCUAGCUCCCAGAAUCUCCAUUCUGAAGAUGGAAUAAAACUAGCAGCAAAACUGUUUCAGAAUGCAAGUGGCUGCUUUCAGAUGUUGAAGGAUUUGGUUUUCCCUCAGCUGCAUCAAGUACCAACUCCAGACAUGUCAAUAGAAAUGCUUAAUGCACUAAGCUCUGUCAUGCUUGCUCAAGGACAAGAGGCAAUAUGGCACAAAACUGAGAAAGAUAACAUGAAGUCAGCUAUCAUUGCCAAAGUAGCAGCCCAAGCAUCUGAUCUUUACAGAGAAGCAAACCAAGCUUGUCAAGUAUCUAGUGUCAGACAACAACUAGAAAAGGAGUGGAUCGCUGUACUUGGAGCCAAACAAAAUUACUUUUUAGCCAUAGCUAAUUAUCAUCAGGGAUUGGUUGCUAAGGAUAAGGGGGCAUAUGGAGAAAAUGUGGCAAGAAUGAAGCUCGCAAAAGACCUGUCUGAGUCAGCUCAGAAAGAGAGUCUAGGAUUAUUUGAAACCAAGGCAUGGGUAGAUCGUAUCAAGCGAGCACAUGCCGAGGCAGACAAAGAUAACAACUUGAUUUAUCAUGACAUGAUUCCUAGUAAUGAUAAGAUGGCUGUCAUUGGCCGUGCAGCUCUGGCCAAACAACUUCUCUUGUCUAAACCAGCAUCAGAUAAUUUCAUGGACAUGUUCCCCAAGCUGGUCCCCAUGGCAGUCCAUAAUGCACUGGUGGCAUACGAGAGUAGGAAAGCAGAGAUCAUUAACGUGGAAGUUGGAAGACUUCGUGAAGGAACUCAGCUAAUUAACAGUGUGCUUGCUUCUCUGAACCUACCAGCUGCUAUUGAGGAUCUAUCAGGAGAUAAAGUACCCAAAUCAGUCCUUGAAAAAGCAGCUACCAUCAGAGAAAGGGGUGGUGUGGCAACUAUAGACACACUUAUGCAGGAACUGCCUGAAUUACUGCAAAGAAACAGAGAAAUUUUAGAUGAGGGUAUCCGCCAACUGGACGAGGAAGAACGUAACGACACUCAGAUGAGAGAUCGCUUCAAGGAAAAAUGGACUCCCAAACCUUCUGCUGAACUCACAGUACAGCUGAGAGAAGAAACAAAUAAAUACAAAGGGAUCUUGGAGAAUGCUGUUUGUGCUGAUGGGAUUGUGCGGGAAAAGUAUAAUACACACAGAAAAGCAAUGGAUAUAUUGUGCAAAGGCGAGGCCGAAAUCGCUGCAUUCCUGCCCAAAAUUAGUGGAGGCUCUUCAAAUGCUGCUGGAAGUAGCACCGUUGUGGAGCUAAGAAAACUGAUGAACGAGAUUGAAAACAUCAAGGCAGAACGUGACUCUUUAGAAGAAGAACUGAAGGCACAACAAGAUGAUAUGGCUGUAAAGUUCCUGAGCGCUCUUGCUGCAGAUGGGUCUGUGUCAGACGUGGAGAGUAUCAUUGGGGGUAAUAUAGCAAGUACUUAUGAUCCACUCAAAGAAAGGGCUUCUGAAAGUAUGUCCAGACAGGAACGCGUCCUUGCAGCUGUACAGACUACCAAUGAGAAAUUCGUGCAAGAAAAGCAAUCUGGACAAGCUGUUAGUGAGAGAGAAGCCAAGCUAAAAGACUUGGCAACAGCUUAUGACAGUUACAUGGAACUGACUGCAAACCUUAAAGAAGGAACAAAGUUCUACAACGAUUUAACGCCAAUUUUAGUAAGAUUCCAGCAGAGGCUUGGGGACCUCGUCUUUGCUCGAAAAACAGAAAGGGAAGAGUUAUCCAAGGGACUCCAAAAUGCCAUCGCAAAUCAACCAGCAGAACCAACUCCAGAAGCACCAGUACAUCACCAAGGCACAAGACAAGCUCCACCACGCCCUCCACCCCCAAGUACCCAAGCCCCUGCCACCACACAAGGACAGUACGCGAGUGCACCAACAGCACCUUCCUAUCCAACUCAACAAUACUACCAACCAAUGCCAACCCCAGGAUAUGCACCAUACGGUUACGGUAGUUAUGCACCUCCUGGUGGUGUCGGGGGGUACGGCAUGCAACAAGGACAACCUCCGGUACCACAGGGCUACUUCUAUGGCCCUCCACCCGGGGGCUACCCGUAUCAACAACAACCUGGACAGGGACAGUAUGGAAGACAAUAGACAGGCUUGAAAAAUCAAUAGAUGUUAAUACUUUACCAGUGAGACAAGAUUAUAUACACAAUAUAGCUUUUGUAUCAAUGGAAAAUGUGCCUCGAGGCGACACUCAAAUGGCUUCUGUAUCGAAACUCUCUGAUUGGACAGCAGAAUAUAUCGUGCUUUCUAAUUAGUCGAGUGAGGAAGCCAUUUGAGUGGCAAGGAUGUUAAUAAUACCAGUGAGAAAAGACUAGAGACUUAAAGAUAGAUUUUGUACCUGAUCAAUGGCAAGCGUUUCACAAGGUGACACUCGAAUGGCUCCUACACAGUGGCGGAUCUAGGGGUGGGUUUUGGGGGUUGCAACCCCCCCUAUGAGAGCCAUCGUGAUUUUUUAUUUUUAUUUAUUUUUUCAUGACAACACCAACAGCAUCGUGAGUUUUAUUAAAACAGGGGUGCCGAACACAUUUCGCUCGCUUUUUUUUCUAUACGCUUGUGUGGGACCUGAAACAACCAUGCUCGCCUACAGGAAAUAAUCAUUUUCAUAAGACCUACUUUCGUUUGGGAACCCUGUGCUACUUUCCCGCCAAACAAGUACCUCAAUCAAUGCAACAACCCCCCACCCUUUGAAAAAAUCCUGGAUCCGCCCCUGCUACAUCAAGACUUUCGGAUUGGACAUCAGGAUAUAUCGCGCUUUUUGAUUGGUCGAGUAUAUGAAAACCAUUUGAGUGUCAGAAUGCUAAACGCUUCCCAGUCUACGAAAUCCAUAAUAUUACUACAUUUCAUGCACUUCAGAAAUUCUCGACUAGUAGUAGAAUAAACGGUCCACACUUGGUUUUGUAACAGGUAAAUAGCUUUUUGUAAAAUUGAACCCUAAUAAGUGAAAUGUCAUUAAAAUUAGUUAUUCAUGUUAGUAUAUUAUUA